AUGUCCGCACCAAAGUGGUUUGUCCCAACAAAGUCGAAUGGCACGAAAAUGCCUGAGUACUAUCCGACCGACGACAUGAUAGUCGAGCAAAAGAGAAAGUUGAGAACACGCAAGGGUCCAAAGCAAACCCCCCUCGACAAACCCGCUGCUAAUCUCGAGCACUUGAGAAAGAGCAUUGUCCCAGGUGUUGUUUGCAUUAUUGUAGCUGGCAAGUAUGCUGGAAAGAAGGUCGUUUACUUGAAGCAAUGCAUUAAGUCGGGCUCUUUGAUUGUUACCGGCCCAUUCAAGCUCUCUGGUGUCCCAUUACUUCAAAUCAACCAACGCUAUGUCAUCGCCACUUCACAAAAAGUCGACGUCUCAAAGGUGAACACUGAAGGUAUCGAUUUCAUGUUCUUCAAGAAGAAUACUCCUAAGAAGAGAGACCACUUCAGAAAGGUCCUCCCACAAGAAGAAAUUAAGAAGGACUUCGAAAGCAAGAAGGAAAUCCUCUUGAACAAACAAAAACAAGUCGACGAAACUCUCAUCCCAGAAAUUAAGAAGACUCAGUACCUCAAAGAAUACAUGAAGACCCCAUUCUCCGUCAGAGUUGGUCAAUUCCCUCACCUCUUGAAGUUCUAA